AAGGCGAAACCAUUUUGUCAGCAGUAAGUGCCAUGUAGCCCUUCCCAAGACCUCUGGACUUGCAUUAUCCCUCCAGUUUAGCAACUUCAUGGCGCUGACUUUACACCAGAUCACAGAAAAAGGCAGGAGCUGUGAACGUCAAGCUCACGGAGCAACCAAUAUCGCUACACUCCGAAUCCGAGACGUCAGUCCCCCGCAGGAAGACACGGCUAUCUCUACAGAUGGGCGCUCUGGGUAUAACCGUCGUAACGAAGAGCCCACUGUUGGUACCGAUGGACGUUCCGGAUAUAAUCGCCGCAGUGAAGACUUAGUCGUGACCACAGAUGGUAGAUCCGGAUACAACAAGCGCGAAGAAGAGACCGCUAUCAAGACCGAUGGCCGCUCUGGGUAUAACCGACGCAACGGCAAGGAGACGUCAGAUGUUACCACUGAUGGUCGUUCUGGUUACAACCGCCGCGAACAGGCUACUGAUGCGACUUCCGACGGACGGUCCGGAUAUAACAGACGUGGAGAGGAGCUGACAUCUACUACUGAUGGGCGCUCCGGAUAUAAUAAGCGUGAGCAAGUCUCUGCUAUUACAACUGAUGGGCGCUCGGGGUACAACCGUCGCCAAGAAGUCUCAGACGCCACCGCCGAUGGACGGUCUGGAUACAACAAGCGCGAAGAGGUAGUUGACGCUACAACUGAUGGUCGAUCUGGUUACAACCGUCGUGAAGAGACGGACGGCCGCUCAGGAUACAACAGCGUGGAAGAUGGUCGUUCUGGCUAUAACCGUCGCGAAGGGACCUCAGACGUCACCACUGAUGGACGGUCAGGAUACAACAAGCGAGAGGAAGAGGACGGUCGCUCUGGUUAUAACGGAGUGGAAGAAAGAGCUUCCGGUAUCGCCCGUCGCGAGGAAGUCGCUGACGCCACCACUGAUGGGCGAUCUGGAUAUAACAAGCGGGAGGAAUCCUCGGCCGUUGGUACCGAUGGGCGCUCAGGUUACAACAAGCGCGGUAAGGCCACUGAUAUCAAUACUGACGGUCGUUCUGGCUACAAUCGCGCAAUUUGAAAUUUGGAAGAAAUGGCGUACCGCAACGCGCGAGGGGCCCAAAUUUAGAUACAACGAGCUCAGGCUCUAGCAUCAACUUUCACUAGCUGCUUAGACUUAGACUGGUAGCAGACUUGACGUAAUUUACUUCAUUUCUUAACAAGAA